GCAGCCAAUUUGAGCACAAGUUCCAACAAACAGAAACAAAAACAAAAACAAAAAUACCUGGAAAAACUCAGCAGGCCUGACAGCAUCAGUGGAGAAGAGCCAACAAACAGCAUUGUUCCAACAAUUUGUUCAUUGCUCAUUCUGACAAUUGUCAACAGAUAAUUUGUUUUGUUGAUAUUGAUUGAUGGAUAAAUAUUGGCCAGGGAACCAGGGAUAACUCCCAUACUCUUUUUCAAAAUAAUGCCGUGAUCUUUUACAUCCACCUGAGACAGCAGGAAAGGCCUCGAACCUAUAACUCCACUCAUCUACAAAAGAAGAUGGCCCCUCAUUCCUGAAAUUAAAUACAUCACAUUCACCCAGGCAAACAAUUCAAAACCAGUUACCACUAAGCAUGACUGGUUCAACAGCUAAUUAAAAAUGGCAUUAUAGUGAUGUGCAGCUGUUUAUGACGCAAAUGUAUCACUUGGAUAUCCGAAAAACCUGCGUUACUUACAUGAGGGUGAAUCGAAGCAAGUUUGAGGCAUUUAUUGAUGGUCCUUUUGACAAGCACUUGGAACGUUUGGAUGAUCCCAAGGAAUGGGCUGGUGUGUUGGAGAUGAAUGCUCUAUCACUGAUGUACAAUUGCGAUUUUCUCAUUUACCGGUAUCCUGGAAAACCACCCAUACAAGCUACUAAUAGUGGAUUUGGGAAGAAGAUCUUGCUUUGCUGUUCCAACAAUGGCCAUUAUGAUAGUGUAUUUACAAAACAGUUUCAAGGGCAUGCAGCCACUUGUCAAGCGGUUGUGUAUGAAAUGCUGUACAGAGAUGUCUUUGGAGUGGAUGAGGAAGAACUGCGAGCAGCAGUGGAAUUGUUCCGCAGUCAUGGCAAGAAAACCAGAAGAAGUAUUUCUCAAGGAAAUGAUGAGGCUGAGUACCUUUCUGAAAAGGUUGUCCGGAAGAGCGAGACAGAAAAUAGUGAUCACGAGAGCUCACCAGAAGACAAAACAGCAAAACCUGGAGCAGAAGAAAUAAAGACUGCUGAUGGGCCAUCAAAGAUGCCGUUUCCUUUUAAGGUGUUGAAGGCAUUGGAUUCAGAAAUUUACCGCAAUGUGGAGUUUGAUGUCUGGCUUGAUAGCAGGAAAGAGCAACAGAAGGUGGACUAUAUGGUAGUUUCUGGAAGACAAUACUGUUUAGGUGACAAAUGUCAGGUGAAACUUGAGCAAGGAGAAAAAUACUACAAUGCUCAUAUUCAAGAAGCAGGACAAGAUGGCAACUCGGUGACUGUUUUCAUAGAAGAACUAGCUGAAAAGUUAGCUUUUAUUCACUACAACAGCCACGAUGCUUUACUGGUUCAACAUCUGCACACUGUUCCUUUGUCAAACCUGAAGCCUGUGACUCAAGUAACACCGGUUCCUGCCUGGAAUAUUGUUUCAAACAGAAAAGGUGGAAACUACCAGAAGAUACCUAGUGGAUAUGUUUCAGAGUUAGACCUUGAUCCAAAGUCUCGCAGACGGUUUAUAAAGAAGAUUCGAGGGAAACAGGUUUUUAUGGCUUUUGCUUAUGGCAGGGGUCAGUCUGUGCUUCCUCCACGCUUACAACAUAAUGUUCCAUCGGGAAGAUCAUCUUCCCUUCCUUCACCCCAAAGUGGCAACUUUGCUCAUUAUGAUCAGUACCGGGUCCCACCACCAGCUCAAAGAACUGGAAGAAACAACUAUGCCCCAUCCAGCUGUUACAGCAGAAGUCGUAAACCCAUUCAAUAUGUUAACAAGGAUUGCCAGUUUGGCUAUAUACCAGAGAAUGAGGAAGAACCAAGAGCAACUGAAGAAACUGUAACUUUCUAUGAAAUUGAAGAAGGAAAUGAGCCUUUCCCCGUUGUACAUGACCAGUCAACUUCCUCUCCAAUUUUACCAGCUCCACCUGGGUACUGGGUAACCAGAAGAGGAAGCCCAGUCUCUGUUGGUAAGCAAGUCAAUUCCUCCUCUGAAGAGGCUGAUGAGCCAAGUGAUGGUGAUUCAGGAUAUUCAGAUCCAACAGUGUAUAGUACAGCAGAAUCCACAGCUAACCUAAUGAUGGUAAAUUCAUCAGUGGUAUCAACAUCCAACUGUGGCAGUUCACCCCCAGUUGCAGGUUUCUCCACUAACUCGGCAGAAAUGAACCAAACUUCGGUCACCUACACAACGAUGCCACAGCAGACUGUUCUAUCACCUGUCCUUGUACCUUCUCAUCCUGUUGGGAGGCCAGGUCCUCCCCUUCCUGUCAAUGAAAUGGGUGAAACUAUGAGUUCUGCUGCACCACCAGCACCUCCACCAUAUUCCUAUGAUCCCAAUGGCAAUGAUCUCCCUCGAGAUAGAAAGGUGGUUCAGUAUUACUUCAACCUUGGCUUGCAGUGUUGCCACCAAAACUAUUGGCACUCGGUGGUCUAUGUGCCUCAACAGCAACCAAUGGAUGUAUACCCAGCAUUCCCUGCAGCUUCCCAGUUUAUUGAACAGUCAACCAUGCCACAUGUGUAUGGUGACAGCGGGAGAAAUGAGGACCAUCAAAGCUCCUCUGACACUAUGUCUAAUGGUUCUUAUCCUACUGUGGAGCCUCAACCAGUUCCUCAUUCAACGGUGUAUUAUCCAGUGCUGACAGACCAGUACAUUCCAGCACCUGCUUAUGAUCCCUGUAUCCCUGUAACAUCCACACUUCAUUUUGUUGGUCCCUGGUACCCAACAAACCAGAUGUGUAACAAUUCUUCAAGGCUGCAGAACCCAGCGCCUCCCGCUCCAUUAAAUUAUGUUGGACCUGCCAAUCAGCCUACACAUUAUGUAUCUCACUAG